GGCAUUAAAUCUUCAACGUUCUUCUGGGAGUUGAGGUUUUUCUCAUUCUCCAGGAAACAUCAGCAGGUCAGCUCAGAUCAGCGUUGAUCUUAUUUUCUUGUGUGCUCUGAACAGGAUCUCUGUGGAAUGUAGCUCCGCCUCCUAAUAGGAUCCACAUGACCGCAGCUGAUCUGCAGGGAUUAAACCUGGAUAUUGGGAAACUGUAAAAGGUGGAGUUACAGAGAGCUUUGCACGUGGAAUAAAACAUGUUGAAAUGCUCGAGCCCAGCCUGAGGUCUGUCACGGCUCGGUGGGGUUUUCUCUUGAACGUUGUCGGUUCUUUAGCUUACAGAGGAAAGAAGCUGAACGAAGAAAAUAUGUCAGCAGCCUCACAGCUCGUGCACUGGAGAGAACCGAAGAAAUCUGCAGCGGCGUUUGGCCUCUCACUGCUGGUUCUUCUCUCCUUGGCAACACUGUCAGUCAUCAGCGUGGUGUCCUAUUUGCUCCUGGCGUGCCUCUGUGUCACAAUCACCUUCAGGGUUUAUAAAUCCGUGAUCCAGGCCGUCCAGAAGUCCGAUGAAGGUCAUCCAUUCAGGUCUCUGUUGGAGAGGGACAUUUCCGUGUCCUCAGAGUCAGUUCGGCAGCUCGCUGACCAGUUUCUGAUCCACUUGAACUGGUUCAGUAAUCAAACAAGGAGGCUGUUACUGGUGGAAGACCUGGUCGACUCCCUGAAGCUGGCAGCCGUCACCUGGGUGAUGACGUACGUUGGUGCCGUGUUCAAUGGCGUCACCAUCUUGAUCCUUGCUGACAUCAUUUUCUUCACUACACCGUUGAUCUACCAGAAGAAGAAGGCUCAGAUCGAUCGUCACGUUGAGGCUGUUCGGCUCAAACUGGAAGAAACUCUGCAGAGUCUGCAGGAUAAGUUACCUGGCGCUGUGAAGAAGACCAAGGUUGAGUGACACCUGAGAUGUUGAAGCUCUGCCCCCUCCUCUCAUUGGCCUGUUUGUCUGUGACUCACAAGUCUUUGAAUAAAAUCAGACUGACGAGAAA